AUGUUUACUUGUUUUAUUUGUAAAAACACGUAUCUUAGUGUUAAGAUUCUUUUUUCACACUUCGAUUUACAACAUUCUAAUCAUAAUUUUAAUUGUUAUCAAUGUGCUGAAGGAGAAUGUUCAAGAUUAUUUUACUUAAAAAAUUCUUAUUCAAAGCAUUUAUUAAGACAUUCUACAGACAUAAUUCAACCUUCUACUGUACAGUUAUCCUUUGAAAAUAAUCCCUCUGUAGAGUCUACAACUCCUACCAAUAUGAGUAGUCAUAGUGAAUUGUGUGUAGAAGUAGAACCAUCCAAAAUAUUAAAGCAAACACUGUCUACAUUUCUUUCAUGUUUAUAUGCAAACCCCUUAAUUCUCAGAAACACCAUUCAAAUUAUUAUUGAUGGCAUGGAAACUGUUCUUACUGAGGGUGUUGCUAGUUAUAUAAAAAAUAGUGCUGAGAAAAUGUUGUCAAGAGACCAAAUUUCAGUUGAAUGUUUUAGUUCCUUUAUUAAUAUAGCAAAUUAUAUAAAAAAUGAGGCUUUAACAGAUUUUAAAACUGAACAUAAACGAUUUUCUUAUUUUACUAAGCAGGGAACUUACAUUGAACCAAAAGAAAUAGUAAUUGGGCAGAGAUUAAACAAAGUCAUUAGAGGUGGCAUGUCCAUUUUAGAACCCUCUAACUUUGAAAAUGUUGUCAUAGAAACUUUAGAAUAUAUAAAAACUUUAAAAUCAGAACACGGGGUUUUAAGAAAUUUUAUUCAAGGUACUUAUUGGAAAAGUAGAGUUGAAAAUCACAAUGAACGGAUUGUAUUACCACUUUUUAUGUUUUUUGACGAUUUUGAAAUUGGCAAUGCACUUGGGAGCCAUUCUGGUAUCCAUAAAUUAGGAGGUGUUUAUGUGUCAGUGCCAUGUCUUCCACCAUAUCGUUCAACAGUUUUAUCUAAUAUUUUUAUUGCCCUGCUUUUUCAUUCAUCAGACAGAGUCAAAUUUGGCAAUGCAAUUAUUUUUAAACCAUUGAUAGAUGAAUUAAAUUUUUUGCAAAAACAUGGAAUUGAAAUUGAUACUCCAGAGUUCAAAGGAAAAUUAUAUUUUGAGUUGGGGCUUAUUUUGGGUGAUAAUUUAGGACUCCAUUCUAUCACUGGAUUUACUGAAAGUUUCUCAUCCAAUUAUUCGUGUAGGAUUUGUACAAUCAGGAAGGAAGAUAUGAGGGUUCAAUGUUAUGAGGAUAAUGCUUUAUUGAGAUUUACUGAACAGUAUAAUGUUCAUUUGUUACAGAAUGAUGUAUCCAUCACAGGUAUAAAAGAUAAAUGUGUUUGGUUUGAUGUAAAUAAUUUCAGUUUAUUUGACCAAGUAGGAGUUGAUGUCAUGCACGAUAUGCUUGAAGGUUGUUCUAAAUACAUCAUGAAGUUUAUUUUACUUUAUUAUACUAAGGAGUUAAAACUUUUUACUUUACAAGUAUUGAAUGAUAGAAUUUAUGGUUUUGAUUUUGGGCCUGAAAAUAAUAAACCUUGCUCACUUACUUUAGACAACAUUAAUCAAGGGAAUAUUAGGCAAUCCGCUUCGGAGAUGUUGACAUUAAUUAGAUAUUUUGGUUUACUGGUUGGUGACUUUAUACCACCAGAAGAACCAGUUUGGGAACUUUAUAUAGUUAUGCGUAGAGUUAUAGAUAUUUUAAUAUCAACAUCACUGACGAUAGAUAGUUGUUCAAUGUUACAAACCUUAGUAGCAGAAAUGAAUGAACUCUAUUUAAAGUACAGUAAUAGUCAUCUCAAACCAAAAUUUCAUUUUUUAACACAUUAUCACUCCAUGAUCAGAAAAUUUGGUCCUGUCAUAAAUUUUUGGUCCAUGAGAUACGAAGCAAAACAUAGGAUUUCAAAAAUUUCUGCUAGAUCAUCAUUCAAUAGAAGAAAUAUUUGCAUGACUUUGGCAAUAAGGCACCAACUUCAAUUAAAUGAAAUGUUUACUAAAGGUAAAUUAAAUAAAUCAGUUAUUGUAGGACCUCAAAAAGAAAUAGAUUCCAUUAAAGCCAGUCUAAUUCAAAAUGAACUAAAUCUUGAUAACAUUGAAACAUUAAUAAGAGUUAAAUGGGCUGAAGUGAAGGGGACACGUUAUAAACUAAAAACUAUUUUGACGUUAGAUAUUAUGAAGGAUAACCCAACUUUUGUUAUUGUAAAAGAUAUUUUUCUUUAUGGACCGAAUAGGGUAGUUUUUGAGUGCAGUAAAUUUACAACGAUUGGUUUUGAUGAACAUGUUUUUUGUUAUGAAGUAACAUCACCAGAAAUAAAUGAUUUAUGUUAUAUAUUCCAAGAUUUAUUGAUAUCACCUAUUCCUAAUACUAUAAAUAUUGUAUCAAAUGGAAUGUAUUUUAUAACUGUAAGAAGUCCUUUAUAA